GCUCAGACACUUCACUGUCCUGGGAGCAGGAGGGAAGGAGGAAAGCACGAGCCAGAACGAAACAACAACAAAAAAAACCAGCAGGGAAGCUGAGGAGUGAAACCAAGUGGGGAAAAAAAGAAACAAAACAACAUGGAAACUUCCCGGACACACAGCUCCGAAAGCAUGUCCAAGGACCUGUCAGAACUGUUGAAGGAAGCCACCAAGGAGGUGCAUGAGCAGGCAGAGAACACGCCGUUCAUGAAGAACUUCCAGAAGGGGCAAGUGUCGCUCAACGAGUUUAAGCUGGUUACGGCAUCUUUGUACUUCAUCUACUCAGCUCUGGAGGAAGAGAUUGAACGUAACAAAGACAACCCAGUUUAUGCCCCUGUGUAUUUUCCGGCGGAGCUGCACCGGAAAGCUGCCUUGGAGGCAGACUUGAAGUACUUCUAUGGCAGCAACUGGAGGGAAGUGAUCCCAUGUCCCGAGGCUACUCAGAAAUACGUUGAGAGGCUCCAUUACGUAGGCAAGAACCAUCCAGAGCUCCUGGUGGCCCAUGCCUAUACUCGGUAUUUGGGAGACCUGUCUGGGGGGCAGGUGCUGAAGAAAAUUGCCCAAAAGGCCCUCCAGCUGCCCAGCACUGGAGAAGGGCUGGCUUUCUUCACCUUUGAUGGAGUGUCCAACGCCACCAAGUUCAAGCAACUCUAUCGCUCCCGCAUGAACGCCCUCGAGAUGGAUCUUGCCACUAAGAAAAGGGUUUUGGAGGAGGCCAAGAAAGCAUUCCUGCUAAAUAUACAGGUAUUUGAAGCACUUCAGGAGCUGGUGUCUAAGGGCCAGGAGAAUGGUCACCCUGUGAAGCCAAAGGCAGAGCUUCGUUCAAGGAACCUUAACAAAUCAUAUGAGCACGGUCCAAUGCCUGGGAAAGAGAGUGAGAAGUCAAACAGGAAACACUCAGCCAUGACUCCCCUGGUGCGGUGGAUCCUGGCACUCAGCUUCCUAGCCACAACAGUUGCCGUGGGCUUGUUUGCCAUGUGAAAAACCAGGACCUUUACACUCUCCUUGUGCCUUCCCUCACUCUGAACUAAUCCACCUACCCCAGUCCUUGUGAGAGAAAUUACCUCUGACUGGGUACUGUGAUCUUGUCUCUGCCACUAAUAUUAGGAGACUUUUCUGCCCAGAAAUCAGAGAGUGCUGUAAGGGGGUUCAGGUAAAGUCUCUCUCGUGCUUGGUGUGAGCUCUUCUCCGAGACUAACUUUAUCACCAAAAACUAAGGGUAGCAAAGGCUAAAAACAAUGGCCAGGAAUUGUUGUUGCUUUACAGAGUGCCUGCAAAAAUCUUACAGGAUCAGAAAUGCAGCUUUGAAAUCUGUCUCUCCUGAGAAAUACAAAGCUUUCCAGAGCUCUUGUUUGCUCUGUUUUUUUACUUGUAGAUAAUACUGUGAUCACUUUUUCUGUGGAGCCACAGGGUCCACAGACUGGACCCUGGGACCCUGGGUUACAGACUGUUUUAUAUGACACUAGUGGGCCUUUGUUAAUUCUUUUUCCAAUCAUUUUUGUUUUUUAAAAAGCAGAAGACUGUUGUUGAAGAUACAGUGUCAUUCUCUUGUCUGAUUUUAUAAUUUAUACACAUAAUAAACUUCAAUGUAAAGUCA